CCUGUUUGAUGGAGGGGGAUCCUUUUGAUUCUGCCAUUAUUGCUUCGAUUUCUUGGGAUAUCACUAAGAUGGAGGUAGAUCUUUGCUAGGGCUCCUUCCGCUAUAGUAUGGGCUUUUUGGCAACUUCUACUACCGUCAGAGCUCUAGCAAAUGGGAAGUUUGUUGUGAAAGGUGCUUCUCGCCAUGUGGAGAAGGAUCCCAUGAUUCCUUCUAUUCCUACAGAGGUUCCUUUGGUUUCUUCUUCAAAGGGUGGAAAAGUUGUUGUCCUUCUAGGCUCAACAAAGGUGUUCUGCGAUCUUGAUAAGGUGUAUUGGGUUACUAGUAGUUGUGAUGUGGAUGAGAUUAGGGAGAUUUAUAAAAAGAACUCCAUAGGUCCGCAGGUUUUUCCUCCUCAACAUCCUGUGCGUUGUGUGGCGUUUUAAUGCCUUCCUUCUGAUAUGUGUGUCUAUAAGGAUCAAUUUGCAUGUGGGUUGCGUUUUCUUUUGCAUCCUUUUAUCCUUAAAACCUGUGAUGGAUUUUCCAUUAUUCUACCCCAAUAUGCUCCUCGUGCUAUUGUUGAUUUGUUUAGGAUGCGGAAGAGAAGUAAGGAUUUGCUAAACCUCUAUGAAUUCUGCUUUGGAGAGGUUCGUUUCGGAUCUAAGGGCGCAGGUUUCCUCUCUUCAAGCUUCGUCUUCCUCUGUUAUUUAGUCUUCUAAGGAGUCUUUUGAGGGUAAAGCCUUUGCUCUUUCUAGUAGCUUGGGUUACUUCAAUCUUGCUAUCAAGCUCAUCAAGAUGUUGCUGUGGAGGCUUAAGCUGAUCCAAAGUUGGAGAAAGUUUAUGAUUAAGGUCCAUCAUAUGUUCACUAGGUAGAUUUUUGGUUGAAGUAAAGGAAAGAUUGAGCAGCUUUUAGGAUGCAAAGGAUUCUGCUACAACUAUUCAUGGUAGGAGUAAUUUUGUUGAUGCAGAGGUUCUCAAGGUGUCCUUUAGCUUUUCGGACUUCUUGUUGAACCUUUUGUAGCCUUGCUUGCGUAGCUUUUACCUAGCUUUUUGUUUGUGUAACUUUUGCUUGGGUAUUUAAUGCACACCCAAACUUACUCAUAGCUUUUGCUUGUGUAACUUAUACUUGGGUAUUUUUGUACACCCAAACUUGCUCACAGUUUUUGCUUGCAUAACUUUUGCUUGGGUAUUUAUAUACACCCAAACUUGCUCAGAGCUUUUUCUUGCGUAACUUUUGCUUGGGUAUUUAUGUACACCCAAACUUGCUCACAGCUUCUGCUUGCCUGUGUAACUUUUGCUUGGGUAUUUUAUGUACACCCAAACUUGCUCACAGCUUCUGCUUGCCUGUGUAACUUUUGCUUGGGUAUUUUAUGUACACCCAAACUUGCUCACAGCUUCUACUUGCUUGUGUAACUUUUGCUUGGGCAUUUUAUGUACACCCAAACUUACUCACAGCUUUUGCUUAUGUAACUUGUGCUUGGGUAUUUAAUGUACACCCAAACUUGCUCACAGCUUUUUGUUUGCUUGUGUAACUUUUGCUUGGGUAUUUUAUGUACACCCAAACUUGCUCAUAGCUUUUGCUUGUGUAUUAUAUCAUCUUAAGAUUUUCUCAUACUCAGGUUCCUUGAUGAUUUUGUCUAUAAAGACUUUUUCUACUGAAGCUGUGUGUGCUGGUUCUAUGUACCUUUGCUUGCUUGUUUCUAUUUUUGCCAGAUGUUGUCAUAAUGCUUCAAUACCGUCAUCAUGAACCUGUGUUUCUGCCUUUUGUGGUUUUGUUGUGGCAAAUGUGGCCUUAUGGACUUGCUAGUUGUCCUUUCUUUGGCUUGAAUGUGUGCAAGCUCUCACAUUUUUGCUUUGAAAAUUGUAUUGAGUGAAAGCUGAGGAUGGUUGCAGACUCGUUUCGAUCGUCAAUUCUGUUGGUUUUGAAGGUACGUAACUUUCAUCUUGAUUGCUGUUUUACUGUGUUGAAUCUUGCUUCUUCCCUUCCAUUCUAAUGUCCUGACAUCGCUUUAUGACA